CGACCGCCGGCUUGCUUGCUCGCGACAUCCGUGUGUGUGAAUACUGUGCGCUAGGGGUGCGCUCUCGCCACGUGUCGUUUGUAAUGAAAAGUUAAUCCUGGAAAGGCGAGGUACUAAUUAAUUUAAGAAAAAUAGAGAGCAAGUGAAAUUGAGCUACGAGACAGUAGUAUGGUUCCGAAGUUACGAGUUGCGAGGGAAAAAAGUUUGUCACUCUCAUUAACGUGGCGCCAGAAAAUGUAAAUCCCCACGGAGGCAGAUCAAACUCCAGUCGAAGGCGAAAAUAUCCUUUAUAGGCGGUGAUCGGCCGCGCGGAGCGAGGCUGUUCGCAUCACGGGCGCAGUUGCGGCGGCCGCAGCAGGGGCAGCCGGAGCACGCUCGCGGCAGCAGGCAUGAGGCGGCAGUCGUUCUCGUCGAGCCUGUCGUCGUCGUCGGGCGGCGUGGGCGAGCCGCUGAUCGUCGUCGAGGAGAGCGCCCAAGGCGAGGAGGAGGCGGAGAAACUCCGCGACGAGUCGCCACCCAGAUGCCUCGACCCGGACUCGCCCUCGCUCAACCCCUACCUGCUCUCGCCGUGGCGCGAGGCGCGCAAGCACUCCCUUCCCACGCCUCAGUGCACCUCCGGCAUCACCGCCUCGCAGGUGCGCCGGCUGAGCGAGCGCGGUGGUGAGGGCUCGGGGCCGUCGCCGCGCGAGGCGGCUUUCCUGGCGACUCUGUCGCAGUCGCAACCACCUCAGCCCGGCGGACGGCGCCACUCGGUGGUUACCAUCUCGCGGGUGCCGCCGACUCUGUUCGGGCGCAACCGCCGCGAGUCCAUCGCCGCCUUUCCUAUGGGCGGUGCCACCAGGAUACUCGGCAACAGGAGGGACUCCACCGGGCCCCCGUCCAACAGCGGCAGCACGCACAACCUGGCCCUCGACAUCAUGGACGACAUCGCCGAGAUCAAAGCCGCCAGGAAGGUGCGGCUAAAGAUGUGGCGAACCCCGUCGCGGGAGCGCGUGUGCGAGGUGCAGCCGCUGGAGGGCAGCGGCGCGGGGGGCGCGCAGCGCUACACGCAGUACCAGCAGCGCCGCUACUCGGACUUCUCGCUGGCGACGAUCCCGGCCGGCGCGCUGGCGCCGAGCGGCCUGGCGCGCCGCCGCGCCUCCGAGAUGCCGGCGCGGCCGCCGCUCGGGCCGCCGCCGCCGAUACCACCGCGCAGCGGCGCGCCCGCCAGCAGCGGCAUCGUCUGCACCAACACCGACCUCAUCUCGAUCCUCAGCUCGCUCACCUCCUCGGCCACGGAGAUCGACCGGUGCGGCCUCGAGGACGACGCCAACCCCGCCUCCCCGGCCGCCAAGAGCAUCGAGCAGAAGAGGGACAGGCUGAAGAGCCACCGGUCGAACAGCUUCGACGUGUCGAUACUGCACGGCUGCGGCGACCACGGCAAGUGCUCGGCGACGGUCGCGCUGUCGAGGAGCGCCGCCGGCACCUCCGUCAUCUCGCCGUCGUCGUGGUUCGCCAAGCGCCACCAGCCCAUGGCCAAGAAGCAGAGGGCCGCCGAAUCGCCGCCGGCCGCGCUCAGCUUCAAGUUCGAAAAGUCGAAGGUCGUGAGAGCCGUGAAGGACACGCUCGCCAGAACGUCGCCCACGAAGGACGAGGCCGCCGCCGCCGCGAGGAACAAGGUCGUGUGGGACGAUACCAGCGGCACCAAAGUCGACGCCCAGGUGUUGGGCAACGCAAUCGAGGAAUUCCUGCGGAGUGGCGUGACGGCGAACGAGUCGCCGGAGGCGCAGGACGCGAGCAAGGUGUUGUCCCCGGGCAAGCCACCCCGAGGCGGCAAGGUUGCCACGUGGUUCGGCGGCGCCGCGGGCACGAGCAGUGGCAGCUCCGUUGCCGCGGCGACCACGCCGACGGCCGGCGGCAAGGAGGCCGAACAGACGGACUCCUGCGAGCCGUCGAUCUGCUCGUCGCUCAAGGACCUGUUCGUCAAAUGAAAACCGAUAGAGUUCGUCGAUGUGUAGAGCGCCGCUCCGAUUCUCUUUGUUCGUUCGUCUGUUCGUUCCUCCCUCCGUCUCGCUUGCCGAGGCGGCGAAUGCUGCACUUUGUACGAGCGACGCAGUCAACCAAGCAGUUUUAUAAGACGACAAUGAGCCGAAGCAAGAUGGCAUCGGGAGCACGCGGCCCGAGCGAACGGAGAAAGACGUACGCGCUUUCGGGCACUCGCCAAGUUGCUGCGUGUUUUAUUUUUGACUUGACGACCGCCCGGCGAAAAUAAUCCACAUACGUAACCUGCGACUGCGCCGGGGCGGUUCACAUUGUAUUCGGAACCUUUGCUUCGCGCGAUUAUAAGCUGCUGAUCGCUCGGGCGAUUCGUCGAAUUCCAAGUUACGAGCCGACGUGUGCUCGAGCGAAACAAGCGCAAAUCCACGCGAAAGCGCGCAAAGCAUUUCAAUGACCUGGCUAAUUUGCGCGCGUAUUUCAAAUACUCUGAAGUAAAUCGCCCAUCAAAGAAGCCUCCAAACAACGCUGCGCGUCAUCUAAGCUCCGAUAGCCACGUAGCACAUUAUUUUUUGUAGCCUCAUUCGGAAUAUUAGAGCAUUUUAAAUAAACGUUAUCGAUAUUGAAUCAACAAAUUGAAGAAACAGACUCCACGAACAAUUAACGACUGGUAUUUACAGGGAUGAACACGAGAUCGUGCGACGAGCUGCUUCGCUGGUCGAAGGGAGCUUGGCAAUUGUGCAGUCUGUACAACAUAUUAAACAGAAGAAUGGUAAAAAACAUGUGUAAUAUAAAUAUAAUUGAAUUUAUAAAUGUUGCGAUUAAAAUCAAUGGUUUGAAAAAGAAUAAAAAUACAAUUUAUCCUCUGCCCUUGAAAUCCGUAAGAACCCGUUUGUACAUGUAACAAAGGAAAAGCAGUUGUGGCAAAAAUAUGUAACAAAUUUUUUUUUCCUCGAUCAGCGUUGCAAAGUGCGUUUUAGCUCUGUACGGUGUAACGAUAAUUAUACAUGGACGUGAAUAUAUAAUGUUACCGGUCAAAUGCAAUUGCUGGAUUUUUCAGUGAGGGCAAAACGUCGUUGCGUACAAAAAGUGCGCUUUUUUCCAUUAUAUAUAAGCAUAAGUCUAACGUGUCCUUCGUAGCUUUAAACUUAUUAAUAUAGUAUCUACAGUUGAUUAUUUUUCGUUCGUAAACAUAGAUUAUCUUGUCUCGAGAUUUAAAUAUUACCUAUAUAUAACUUGCCGUUUUCAAAGUGUAAAAAGUAUUUUUCAUGAAGUAAAUGUUGAUAGGUAGUUGCAUACCUGGCAGAGGUGAGUUCUAUACCCGGUAUACAUCUGCUGUGUUGUAUAUAAAUUCUUGUUUGAUGAGUUGUCACUUUCUGUUUUCCUUUUCCAACAAGCGAAAAAGAUAACAAGUGUAUCUUUCAUUUUUUAUACUCAGCUAAUUACGACGUAAUAUUUUGAAUUUUAUCGCCUCAACUAGAUUUGGAGAGUACCCUGAGUAAACAAUGAUUUUAUAAUGUAUAAAAGCGUAUAAAGCAAAUUGGAGUAACUUUGUAUUAGCAGAUCUGGUUUUAUCAUUCUCUGGAUGGAAUUUUAAAACAAAUAAAUUACGGACCACUUUCAUGAAUGUAUAGACAAUCGUUAGUAUGAAAAAAAAUACAAUAUGUAAUUGUUAUUAUUGUUCGACCAAGCGUAGUUUGACGUAUCAGAAUUGUUGAGUUCGUACGUACAACCGAAAUUAUUACAUGAAAAAUUAUGACGGAAAUGAGCAUCAAAACAAUAAAGCACUUUCAUCGGCCAAUACUACCACCACGUUAAGAUGUAUAUGAGUCUGUUGCGCACUUGAGAAAGAAGAAAUAAAACUGUAGCACGCGCGAAGCUUGAUGGAUUCAUUGUGAUGCAAAACUGUAAAUAAAUUUGACACUGAGUCGCUUUGAAUGUUCCUGGCGAUGGCGACAGAUUGACAAAAGAGAUAAUCUGCGUGCGUGUGUCGUCGCGAUUGCAUAAUAGUGGUAAAUUUGCUGUGUCGGCAAAAGCGUUCACAACUUUUCGCGUAUUACAUACUGAAUUUGACAAUUAUGUUACUUGGAAAAUGAAUUCCUUUCGCUGUUUUCGUUGUAAACAUUUCAAACUUUGAUUUUCACUGUGAGAUCUGUCUUCCUUUCAAUUUCCAAUCGUAACUCACCAUCUUUUCAUUAGUACAAAUUAUAAUUGACGCAAAAUGAAAAAAAAAUUGAUUGACAAGUGUUUUCGGUUGAAAUUGCUUUUAUCGAGGACGAGCACGCGCAGGAUUUUUCAAUGCGAUGACGAAUUGAUAAGAAUAGAAUCGAAUGAAAAGUGAGUCAAUCAGCAAUAUACUUAAUUGUGCGCGUAGGAUUGCAGCAAAAUAUUUUGUACGCGAAUCGAAUCUUCCACACUUGCCACUCUGAUUAUUGAUUAUUGCAUUGGAAAAGGAGCGAGCCGGCAGUUUUAUUCUCGCCAGCCAACUUAUGCCCCCUAAUAUUUACUUUGUCGUCUAAGGAUAGAAAAUUAAGGAGAAGAACGCAAGGUCGCAUCGAUGUCAAUGUUUAGUGAUCGACCACAACGAUUUUCUUGCCUAGCACGAACAGCCACUUGAAUCGACGUUACACAUACUAAACCUCCUUAAAUCGGAUUAUCGAGCGAAAAGCCACUGGCGCUUGUUGGAUCACAAAAACUUGACAUCCUUGCGAGUCUGAUGAUUGCGAUACGAUGCGGGAGAGCGAGGCAAAUAAACCGAUUAUAAAAGCGGUACGCGUCGCCGGACACUGCGGUUGAAGCUACAUAUUCUAAAAAAAAAAACGAAUACAGAAUAAUGUCAAAGACGAGGGCGUCACUGAAUGCUGACGGCAUUACAUUAAACGACGACGUUACGCAUCUACGAACCGUAGAGAAAUCGAUGUUAUCGCUAGAUCCGACUCAUCUGUAUCGAGACAAAUUCAGGUGCAGACAAUUACCGAAUGUUGCCCAAAAUAAAUCUUCAA